AUGCAGACGCGUCAACAUAUUUAUCGACCUUCAGCGCUGGUGUUGCUGCUGUUUGUUGGCCUGUUAGCCCUUGCAGCACUUCAACCCGUCACUUCAUCCGCCCGAUGUUUUGCAAAGCCAAGAGAGCCAACGCCUGCUGUUGAGCCAUUCGACAAACCGGAGGUCUCAGAUGACGUCCCUGUUCCUGAUGAGACGGUGGAAGAUGGUCAGCCGAGCGAGGGCAGUAAAGCUGACGUCCAGAGCCCGACUUCCGACAUAUCGACUGGCAGCGAUGCGUCGACUCCGCCUUUGUCGGCCGAAGACCACGCGACGUUCGGCGACAUCGUCUCCGGCGACGACAAAUGUGUCAUUGGCAAUCCGAGUACUUAUGUCACGCGCGAGGACGUGGACUGGGUGUGGAAACACACCAUGGAGAAGUACGUGCCGCAGUUCACGAACCUGGCCUUCGACCAGCUCGUGACCAACAACGGGUCGCUUAGCUACUGCGUUCGGUGGGACAACGACAAGAAGCUGACCAAAGCCGUCGCGUCCAAGUUCCAGGCCAUGCUGGAGAAGCAGCUCAACUUGUGGCACCGUUGGCUCGUCGGGUACAACUGCUGGCCGAUUGACAAGAUCGACGUGACGAUCGUGGGCUACGCCGUCCGUGAUAAGGCCAUUAUGGACUGGAGCGACGACUCGCUGGGCACGAUCUACGAAGGCGUUUUGGAUGCUGAAGGCAGUCCCAUGUGUCCGGACGAAUGCUACAAGCACAAAGGGCAGGCGGCUAGCGCCGAUACGAGUGCGUGCAAAGCUGAGCCCUUUGACAUGUCGUUUUGGCCGUCGACGAAACCGGGUGAGAAUGCGAUUGGCACUGGUGGCGACUGGGGCCAGCGCGUGGAGGUGAACGAUAUGCUCGCGAAUAUGGAGAACGACCACAUGAUAGUGUUGCUGCAUGAAAUCGGUCACAGCUUUGGUCUGCCGGAAAUGUACGAAGGAAAAAACAAACCCAGCACCUUUCCUGUCUGCGUCAUGGACGCCCACGACGAGGUCACGGACGGAGAUGGCUGGUUGCUGCGAAGCAUUCUGGAGAACAUCAAGUCUCGCUACGACUUUUAA